UGUGGAUUCUCCUCCGCCAACUCCGUCAUUUUCUCUUUCUUUUCGUUUUUUCUCCCUUCCUCCUUUUUUAUAAUCAUCAUCCUGCUUCCUUCUUCACAUCCUCCUCCUCAUCCAAUAACCUCCAAGCUCUCAAAAAGGAUAUCUUCACCACCAUGUCCAACUACCGAGCCAACCCAUUCUUCGCUACCACCAACAAAUUCUUCCUGCCAUCUGUCGGAGACAAGGUCGAUCAAGCCAUCGAUCAGACCAAACAAUUUGGAAAAGAUGCCAAAUCAAAAGGUCAAGAAUUAUACAACAAGGCAGAUCUCAAAGUCCAAGAUGCCAAAGAAGCCGUCAAGGACACUGUCAAGGACUUGAACCCUAACACCCCCACCGGAGCUGAUCUCUAUGCGAGAUUCGCCCUCGCUGGAGCUCUUGGAUGUGCCGUCACUCACGGUGCUUUGACACCCGUCGAUGUCGUCAAGACUCGAAUCCAACUUGAACCCGAGGUCUACAACAAGGGUAUGAUCACUGCUUUCCGACAGGUCACAGCCAAGGAGGGAACUGGUGCUCUUUUGACCGGUUUGGGACCUACCGUCGUUGGAUACGCCAUUCAGGGAGCUUUCAAAUUCGGAGGUUACGAGUUCUGGAAGAAGCAGGCCAUCGACUACCUCGGAGUCGACUCUGCUCGAGAACACCGAACUGCCGUUUACCUCGGAGCCGCUGCCAUUGCUGAAUUCUUCGCCGACGUCGCGCUUUGCCCCCUUGAAGCCACCCGAAUUCGUCUUGUUUCUCAACCUGACUUUGCCUCUGGUCUCGUCGGUGGAUUCGGACGUAUCUUGAGAGAAGAGGGACCCGGAGCCUUCUACGCUGGAUUCGGACCCAUUCUCUUCAAGCAAGUCCCAUACACCAUGGCCAAGUUUGGAGUCUUUGAGGUUGCCGUCGAGCAGAUUCUGUCCGCCACUGGAAAGUCCAAGGACUCUCUCACUGGUGCCCAGACUCAGGCUCUCAACUUGUCUGCCGGUGUCAUUGCCGGUUGUGCCGCCGCCGUCAUCUCUCAACCUGCCGACACUCUCUUGUCAAAGAUCAACAAGACCAAGGGAGCUCCUGGACAAAGCACCACCUCUCGACUCAUUGAGAUGGCCGGAAAGCUUGGUGCAGCUGGUCUCUUCACUGGAAUGGGUGCCCGUCUCGUCAUGAUCUCCACUUUGACCGCCGGACAAUUCUUCAUCUAUGGAGAUAUCAAGAGGAUGCUGAAUGCUACAGGAGGAGUCGAAAUUAGCAAAGUACCCAAGUAGAGCUUUCCUACGCAUCGAGCAGACCCCUGGAGAUGAUAUAGACCUACGUCCCGAUGAUAAACGAUGCAUUUUGAGACGUCCCGGCUGAA